AUGCCAUGUUUCAGCCAGUUCCAACCAUCCUCUUUGUCUAUACAGCAAUAUCUCGACUUUGGUCGAAUCGGUACGGCUGCUACAUCAUACACAUUUCUGAAGAAUGAGCUCAUGGUGCGGCUGGCCAAUAUUAUGCAGGAGUUUUCUUUACUGCCUCCAAAACUACUACAAAUGCCAAGUUCCAAGCUGGUCAGCAGUUGGUACUGCGAAAGUUUCGAGGACCUUCUGAAGUUCGAAAGUGCUGCUCCAUCAACGGAAAAUAUAGAGUCGUACGUCGUAUUCGGAAAUGUUCUACCGGAAAGCCCAAGGCACGUCGGUUGCAUUGAUCCUGCAUGCGAUGUCGAAGGCGUCGUUCAUGAUGCUUUUGAAAAUGCAAGAUUUCUUUGCGACCGUUACUAUCUCACGAGCCCUUCGAUGAAACUCGAGAUGCAUAAUGCUGUUGAAAAGGACCGACCUAUAAGUAUUGUUGCUGUACCGAGUCACCUAUAUCAUAUAAUGUUCGAAUUACUAAAGAACGCCAUGCGCGCCACAGUUGAGCAUCAUGGUGUCGAUGACGAUCUUCCUGACAUCAAAGUUUUCGUGGUCAGAGGUCAAGCAGACCUGUCUAUCAAGAUUUGCGACCGCGGUGGUGGUGUUUCUCGCACUAUAGUGGAGCGGUUGUUCAAUUACAUGUAUAGCACUGCUCCACCUCCACCGAGAGAUGGUACACAGGCACCGCUGGCUGUACCUGUUGAAGCUAGUGAAGUGCUGCCUAUAUACAGCACGUCGUCUCGAAGAAACCUCACCAUGGGCCCACAAGUGGCUGACUGGUCUCACAAUGUAACUGGAAAUAGUUUUCGCCCAGGCUGA